AUAAUUGUGGCCAAUGUACCGGAAGGACUAAUAGCAACAGUGACAGUUUGCUUGACAUUAACGGCGAAGCGAAUGGCCUCCAAGAAUUGUUUGGUCAAAAAUCUUGAAGCUGUAGAAACACUUGGCUCAACGUCAACUAUCUGCUCGGAUAAAACCGGAACACUUACGCAAAAUCGAAUGACUGUAUCACACAUGUGGUGA